AUGGAACGCACUAAGCUUGCAGCUCUUGGGUUUGUAGUCCUCUUUAGCAUUGGACUAGGUAAUGCUGCAAGAGUAGUGAGAUACUCCAGUGCUGAUGGAUCUGGCACGGGAACAGGAGAGGGAGGAGGUUACGUGAAUGGUGGGGGAGCUGGGUCUGGAAGUGGGGCUGGGUCUGGUAGUAGUAGUUACUAUGGUGCCCAUGCAAAUGGUGGUGGAGGAGGCAGCGGUAAUGGUUAUAGCCAGUACGGAGGGUCAGGUUCUGGUAGUGGAUCUGGCUCGGGCUCAGGCUCUAGCCAGUCUAGUCAAAAUGGAUAUUAUUCUGGUUAUGGAGGAUCAUCUAGCGCUGGUGGUAGCGGUGCUGGUGAUGGUGCCGGACAAGCCGGUGGUUACUGGCCAUCAAAUGGUCAUGGAUCUGGUAGUGGUACGGGCUAUGGCUCUAGCUAUGCUAACAAUAAUUACUAUGGAGGACAAUACGCAAAUGCAAAUGCUGGUGGCAAUGGUGGUGGUAAUGGCCAAGACCAAUAUGGUGGCAAUGGCCAUGGUACAGGUUCUGGAUCCGGAUAUGGCGAUGCCAACCCUUAA